GAGGACAGCACAAUCACUGCAGAGUAGAUACAUGCGCUAACCCUCGGCCAACUCUUCUGCUUCUUAUACAUACUUUUACGGACUGCUUCUGUGGAGCGAGAAUGAGAGUCUUAAGUCCUGGAUUAUUCUCAUUUUGCGCUCGGAAAGACAAACAUCACGCUGUCUGAGAAUGCCAGCAAGUGAGAGUGAAGACCGGGCAAAAACCCGGGAAAGAUUUAAUGAAGUCUUCAAGAAGUACACAGAAUCAGAGAAGAAAAAGAAAAGCACUGAAACACCGGAGACUAUUGUGCUUCAGAAUCUAAAAAAAAAUCUCAACCUUGAGAAGGACACAGAAGACAAUGAGACCAUCCUCCAGAACACAUAUGACCCAGAAGAGGGCAGCCCUCGCUACACUAAGAAUAAAAGAAGGGAAAUAGCAGAGAAGGUUAAUUUUAACAACAAUAGAAACCAAGAGGAGAUUAAAACAUCAAAAUCUAAAAGAAAAAGUAAGAGGGACCUUCCCUCUCCUCCUACGCCCGAGGACAUCGGAAGUCACAUCCAAGAGGAUGCAAAUGCAUCAAAGCCUGAAAUUCCAUUGGAUCCAGAUGAUUCUGUAGGUAGAAAGGCCCCAAAGAAGAAAAAUAAAAAAGGAAAAAGCAAAGGUGAUACAGAGGCUAAAGAAGCAAGCCAGGUGGAGGACACAGAAGAUAACCUAUUGCAUGAAUACCAGCAAAAGAUAGUAAAGGAGGAGCAGAGGACUUCAAGGAGGACAAGGGUCAAAGGAGAAGAUGAGAGUGCUGUCUCGCAAAGUUUUACGCUUAGUAAUGAUGUGGGGAAGAAGAAAAAGAAAAAGAUGAAAUCUGUAGUCACAGAUUCAGAUGCAGGGGAUCAAGAUGAAGAUACAGACCUGGAUGCUGAUGUGGAAAAUGAAACAGAAUCCAAGGGAAAGAAGAAAAAGAAGAAGAAAAAACAUGUUGCCAAAGAACAGAGUGAAGCGGAGUCAGAAGCACCUCAGAAACCAGUUUUUGAUGACAACCUUGUUCUUGGAGUGUACAUUCACAGAACAGACCGCCUCAAGACCGACUUGAUGAUUUCACACCCCAUGGUGAAGAUCCACGUUGUUGAUGAAGCCACAGGGCAAUAUGUGAAGAAAGAAGACUGUCAUCGCCCCGUAUCCUCAUUUUAUGAGCAGGAAAAUGUUGACCACGUUCUCCCGAUCAUGACCCAGCCUUAUGACUUCAAGAAGAACAAAUCAGUCAUCCCUGAGUGGCAGGAGCAGAUCAUCUUCAAUGAACGUUUUGGCUACUUUGUUCAACAACAUGACGAAGGCCCCAAAGUCAUACUGUUCUUUGAAAUCCUUGAUUUUGUGACUAUGGAAGAAGCAAGAGCCAACAUUGAUGUUGACAAGCAUGAUCGAGGUUUCCGAAAGAUUGCCUGGGCAUUUCUGAAGCUUGUUGGCACAAAUGGUGUGCUGAAUAUUGACAGUAAGCUUCGUCUCCAGCUCUUUUGCCCUCCACAUCGGGCAAAGAGCCAACCUAAAACAGUUGAGGUGGUUGAAUGGUGGAGAAAGUACCCAAGAACCAAAUAUGCAUCUACCCUCUAUGUUACUGUAAAAGGCAUUAAACUCCCCGAGCAUGUGGACCCUAGUAUUCGGUCUAUGAUGGCACUGCAGGAGGAGAGAGGCAGCACCUCCUAUAGUGAACUGCAGAAUGAGAUCACCAAGAGAAGUCUGACACAACCUCUAGACAGCAAACCUCCAACCUUGAGAUGGAGCAGGCUGCCUGGUCAGAUCUGUCGAAUUCCUAACAAGCCAAUGCUGGCAUUCCGUGGUGGUCAGAUGGGUUGUUUCACAGUACUCUUUUCUCACGCUGGAACCGUACUGGCUGCUGCUUGUGCUGACAAAGAUGCCUUCCCUGUUGUAGUGUAUGAGAUUCCCUCUGGCAAGGUUUUGGCUGCCUUCAAUGGUCACCUCAAAAUAGUGUAUGAUCUCUGCUGGUCCAGAGAUGACCGUAGCCUUUUGUCUGCCUCCUCUGAUGGAACUGUCAGAGAGUGGAAUGUAGAGAGGCUUCAAGUAACAGCCCAGAAGGUGCUCCCUCAUCCAUCGUUUGUGUACACUGCUCGGUACCAUCCCACAGCCCAGAACCUGGUGGUAACUGGGGGCUACGACUGCCUGAUACGAGUGUGGAGAGUUGAUGUUGGUGAUGUGAAUGGCCAGCUGCUGCAGGAGUUUGAGGGUCACGGCAGUUUCAUUAACACAGUUUGCUUUGACUCCGAAGGUCGAAGAAUGUUUUCUGGAGACAACAUGGGCCUCAUCAUUGUGUGGAAAACCUCAGUAAAUGACAGCAGGCAGCGGCAGCGGCAGCAGCCAUGUCGCCACUGGUGUACAGAGAGGAAAAUUGAUGAGAGUGAUCUCAGUGGUAUCCCCAUCAACAUGUUGCAGCUCCAUCCGAAUGGGCGGUGCCUGCUCAUACAUGCCAAAGACAGUGUACUGAGGAUGAUGGAUUUGAGAAUUCUGGCUGUAAAGAAAUACACUGGAGCCAUUAACUACAGAGAGAGGAUUUACAGUACUUUUACACCGUGUGGGAACUUCAUCUUUUCUGGCAGUGAGGAUGGGAUGGCGUAUGUCUGGAAUACUGAUACAGGUGAUCAAGUUGCAGUAUAUUCAGAGCUUUGUUACCCCACGGCUCUCCACGGCGUGUCAUUUCACCCCUACGAGAACAUGGUAGCUUUCUGUGCCUUCGGUCAGAGCCAGCCUGUCCACGUGUACCUGUAUGACCGCAAAGUUUCCCAGAUGGAGGUGCACAGUAUGAAAGCAGCAAGCAGAUCAGCUUCUGAAGAUAUCAAAACUGUUAUAAACACACCUGACCCUCUAGCUUUGCAGGACACAUCUAUUUCUGCAGCCAUGGAUCAGUUUGCCCAAGCAACAAGACUUGCACUGAAAAUGCAGUGUGUGAAGGAACAACUGGACUCAGUUCUGGAACCACGUCAAAGAUCUUCUGCUACUGGAUUCAUUUAUGAGCAAGAUAAAUUAAGCAGUACUCACACAGGCCGGAGCUUCACAUCAGAUGUCGGCACAACAGGAUUAAAUGCCUCACUCCCACCUCCAUCUCUCCUGUCACCACACUCCAGACUGAAGCUCACUGGUGCUCUGGCAGAGCAGCUUAUCCCACAGGCUUCUCUGAGCACUCAGCCCCGUGGGUUCAGUCCUGUCGGUCAUCUUCUAAAAGGUGCUUCGUCUUUUAGACUACAGACGACUCUUCUUGACCACGUCUCUUCAGGGAUCCACGUAGAAACAGAUUCUGCCCCUGUUCAGCAAGUAGUUGUUUCUCUUUAUGAUUACAAAGCAAAUCGCUCUGAUGAAUUGACCAUUCGCCGUGGUGAUGUCAUCCAAGUACUGUACAAAGACAACGAGAACUGGUGGUUUGGACGCCUUGAAAACGGGCAGCAGGGAUAUUUUCUUGCUUCUUACGUAGCAGAUCAGAGAGAUUACAAUGAAGAGGUGACUCACAUGGCUUUGUCUAAAGAGCCUGAUGAGAGGUCAACACCUACUAGGGUGUCUGCUGCCAUUAGUUCUUCUGGAGAACUUAGGUUUCUUUCCGAGCCGACGCUUUCCGACACAGAACCUGAGAUGGCAGUUACUAGAAGUAGAAGAAAAAAGAAGGUGAAAAAGCCACGAGUCCCUGCAGCUUCCUCUCAAGCCACGUUUUCAGAUGCAGACGCAUCAGCGUCGACCAGUAGCACCAGGAGGAUAGGCAGGUCAGCAGGGCGACCUUUGCCAAAGAGGCCAACAGACAACACAAACGGUGCCUUUGAACCUGAUCCAUAAACUCAUGGAAACAAACAGCAACCGUAUGUCUGCUUUAUUCAGAUUUUUAUUUCAGCUGUGAUCUAUUUUUCACUUUUUUUUGUUUGUAGAUAUUUUUUUAGUUUUGAAAAGUCACAGUUUAUAUUGCACCUAAUACAGAUUGAAUUUGUUAAAUAUGUUUGUAAAAAUAUUGUAAUUGUAUAAUGCUGAUAAACAUAUUUUUUGUACAUUGAAUAUUUUGAAUAACUUAUCCAUGUAAGAAAACAGAUAAUACUGUGUAAACGUAUGUAAUAUUGUAAUUUCACUUGAUUACCCUGGAAGAGAUUUAGAAGUUUUAUAUAUAUAUAUUUCUUCACAACAUAAAAAAAUUCCUUUAUAGUUUUAUUUCCAUCUUUAUAAUAAGCAGUCUUUGCAGUCCCUUACAUUGUCACAUUUGAAUGCUAAUGUACAAAAAAUGAGUGAAAAAACCAGUGUUAAAUAAAUCUAUAAUGCAGGCAGAAAAGAAGGUAAAACAUUUCAACAUUUCUAACUGCAGUGAAAUCUGCAAUAAAUUCCCUGUUUGAAGAAUUAGCACAGUACGAAAGGUUCAUUUUGACCUGUAUAACUGUUAUAUAACAUGAUUUUUGGAGGUAAUUGGAUGUUGAUGAAACAUUUACAUUCAGAUGCACCACCUUAAAUCAGUACACUUGCACUGCUUUACUUUUAAGCCAUUGGCCAUAAAAACUCAUUCUUACUAACCAAACUGGGUGGCUGGUGUUAUUGUGCGUGAGUCAUCAUGGCAGUGUUGGAGAAACUAUUACAAGGCAGUUUAAAGUACUUUGGCAGGUGUUUGUGUCUGUGGAUAUCUGCAUGGGAGUCUAACUUAUUGUUUAAAUUUUAAUGUGCAUGUUGCUCCCCAAAUAAGUGAUCAAAUAUAUCUGGGAACCCGUUGGGAAUGCAGCUGGACCCACUCCAUGAAUGUAUCUAGCUUUUUUUAAAAAAAUAUAUUUUAGGCAGUUCCCACUAUAGCACAUGCCCUAGGACCAGAUAAAAAUAACUAAAAGACACAAGAUUAAAACAAUGUCAGCCUGAUAACAAAUAAUGACUGAUAAGAUGUUUAAAAAGUUGUGUAACUUGGAGCUGGAACACAGGAUCAUAAGAGAGGGGUUCUUUCAUCUGCUUGUUGACUGUUUUCUUGGACCCUUAAAUUUAAAUGUUUAAAAAAAAGAGUUACCAUUUUUGCUGUUGUUGCAGACAGCACAAAUGUUUAAAAAACCCCAAAAUAAUUCUGUUUAGAAGAAAUCACAGUUCUUGAGGUUAUACAUGUAUAACUAUGGGAACGCCUCCUGUAGGGCCUCAUCGGAAGCUCAAAUGCCAUUAUGCACCUGACUAUGUCAGGAGGGGCCAUGGCCUCCAUAUAUAAUAGGCUGAAAUUGUGUCACAUGUCAUUCAAAACAAGCCCACCUUUUCAUUUUUUAUAGAGAGGAGGAUGGUCUGGUGAGACACUCAUGCUACUCUGAGAACCAGGGUUAUAUACAUAACCUUAAGUUCUCUUUCAAAGCAUUUGUUUGGUGAACAAAGAACCUGUACUGAGGACUGAAUGCGCUAGGUUAGGUGCUGUCACAUCUAGCUUGUAAAACCUAGCAAAUGUGUGAGAUGAGGCCCAGCAUGGAGUUGCACACACCUCCUGGAUAAAACUCCCUUAGAGAGAGCCUAUAAGGUAGCCAGGCCCCUAGUGGAAUGUGCAUGGAGGCCAGCUGGUAAAAGGCAGGCAAUACUAUUGGGGAACAUGUACUGAUAACCUUUGGGAUGAAGAUGAGGUCAAGAUGGGCUGGAAAGCAGCUAAAAAAAUCUCAGCCAGCCAAUGUUUCUCUUGCUAGCGCGGAGCUGUCAGGAGGGCCGCUGGUGGAAAAGUAUAGAGGAGGGUUGAAGCCUCUAGUCUGCAUUCAGUGGGUUGCCCCUGGACAGAAAAUCUGCUGCAAGGACAGUGGACAGUUUAGCUUAAACCCAACAGCACAGUUAUCGACAGCCUUCUGUAGGAAGUGAGAAGAGUUUUUGAAUGACAUCUGACACUAUGUCAGUCUAUUAUAUAGGGAGGCCCUAGCCCCUCCUGACAUGAGCGUCACUUAAAAAGCCUGUAAGAGCUAUCGUAAUGGCAUUUCAGCUUCUGAUGAGGUCACAUAGAAGGCGUUCCCAUAGUGAGAAACGAAAUGAAUACUAUGAAAGAGAACUUAUGUUCGUUUAAAGUUUAUGCCUACCUUUGUCGUUUUGUCCGUUGACAGAGAGAAUAAAGAAGCAUGAGAAAUGCCUGAGGACAGAGUGAUCAUUAAGAUUGUAUUGACAUAAAAUAUCUAAA